AUGAAGUUGGUUGAUGGUCAGAGUAUCAAUAAGUCCCUCGUGCUUGACGAAGUGGAGAUAGCAAAGGCGAGGCGUCUUCUGGUUCAUAUCCAGUCACAUGAUGGACCUGUGAUGAAGCUUUAUCUUUGGGACCAGGCUGCAAGAGACUUAUGCAAAAAGUUUAAUUCGUACGAAAACACACCCACUGUGUUACUGGUCACGACCGUAAACACAAAGACUCUCGGAGGUACUCUUGCGUUGACCUCAAUGUCCUCCUCGCGUGUAUUUAUGAACUACGAUGUCCAACCUACUAUUGAUUACUUCGGCUGGUUGGGCUCUAAUCCAGCUAUUGCUGAGCAGGUUAACGCAGAGGUGGUAACUAAACGUGAGUCAAUGACUAUAGGGGAUUUCUUCUCCUACAUUAAGGAGGAAUCUGCAAAGGAAGCCUUUUUUGAGUGCACGGCUACAAUCGAUGAUGUGGUGCAUGGCUCUGCUUGGUACUACAUUGCGUGCAGUGGGUGCCAUACUAAGGUUACCAAAGGCCCAACUUCGUUGAUUUGUACAACCAACAAGUGUGGGAAGGUUAACGUAGAUGGUGUUGCGCAGUACCGUUCAAAGAUAUCUGUUUAUGACAACAGUGAGCAAGCUUUUUUUGUACUACUUGGUGAUGCUGGUCGUGAGCUGACUGGAAAGCCCGCAUCGGAAUUAGGAAAUGGAAACCAAGAAGAUGACCAUGAGGCACCUGUCCCGGAAGCUUUAAUCAGCACAAUCGGCCAAAGACAUAAGUUUUGUGUCAAAGUGACAGAGCACAAUUUAUCAAGCAAGACCCGGUCGCUUACUUUGACCAAGACCCUCCCUCUAGACACUCAGCCAGCCACGGUAUCCUCGGAAGGAAACAACACUACUGCAACUUCAGAGGAAACAUCCAAAAGCCGUGUGGAUUCUGCAGAGGGGAGUAAGAGGACUUGUGACAGUGAUGAGAUAGAGGAAGCUAAACGCCAUAAGUGUGGGAAUUAG